GCAAAAACAAUACUGUGCUAUUGAAUAUAUCAAUAAAAUUACAUACCUAAAAUACCAAGUAAAACCGUAUCAAAACCCAAGUAUGACUAGCACGAUUAAGCCUGACUUUUGCUCCCAGAUAGCCCAGUCACUCAAUAUACUUCGUGACCGGUGGUCGUUCAACAUGUGGUACUUCUGGUUAGGUGCAUUCUUCGUGUUUCUCAAGAUCUAUAAUAGAUUGACUUCAGGAAUAUGUUACUCUGAAUCUGUGAUGACGGGGAAAGUGGUGAUCGUUACGGGUGCGAACAGUGGUAUAGGGUUCCAGACGGCUAUGGAGAUAGCCAAGAGAGGGGCUAAGGUGAUAUUAGCGUGUAGGGAUGACGUAAAAGGGAGGCGUGCUGAAGCAUCAAUAAGAAAGGUUUCGAAGAAUAAUUUAGUUAGAUAUGAAUAUUUGGAUUUAAGCUCGCUAGCUUCUAUAAGAAAGUUCGUGGAUGAGUUUAAACAGAACGAAGCUAAAUUGGAUGUUUUGAUUAACAACGCUGGAGCCAGCGGUAUGGGGGGAAUGAAAACUGCAGAUGGCAUAGUGAGAGAUAUGCAGGUGAACCAUUUCGGGCCGUUUUUGCUGACAAUUCUUCUUGUGCCGUGGCUGAAAAAGGGUGCUCCUAGCAGAAUUGUCAACGUGUCAUCUUACUUCCAUAGAUUCGGGACGAUUGAGGACAUAAAUGAAGAAGGAAGGUAUAGUUUCUACAGGAUAUAUGCUAAUAGUAAAUUCUGUAAUGUUUUAUUUAGCAAUGAGUUGGCAAGGAGAUUGGAAGAUACCGAUGUAGCGGUGAACAGUUUGAACCCAGGGCAGGUUAAUACAUCUUUUUAUAAGAAUGCUAAGUUCUUGGAGAAAUUAAGAAGUAUGGUGCUUUUCACGUUCUUCAAGAGUCCCUGGGAAGGUGCGCAGACGUCUAUAUUCCUGGCGAUUUCUGACGACUGUGAUUUCAUGACGGGGAAGUACUUUAUGGACUGCGAGGAAAGUAAGAUGUCGUUCAAGGCCACGGAUGAGGAGGAGGCCAUGAGACUGUGGAAGAUGUCUGAAGAACUAGUGAAGCUGAAGCCGGAGGAAGCUAUUUGAGUUAGCGUUUGUGAUCUAUAGAAAAAUAACCAACAGAAUGGCGCAAUAACAUCGCAGGUUGGAUUUUGAUAGCACUAGAUGGCGUAACGUGCCUUGUACAUUAUGCGAUGAUGCAAGAUUGUCAAGGGUAAAAUUUUAACAAUUAAGACAACUUAGAUAACACUCAACGCGGUAUCCAAGUCAGCUGUCUAACUAAAUCUUACUAUAGUGGUACACUUUGUGUGUAUUCAUUUUUCUAUGAUUUUACUGUGCACCAAUUAACCGAUUCGAGAUUGAGGAAUCAUAAUGGUAUUUCAUGACAAAUAGAUGUAAGGGCAAUAGAGUGGUAUCAGUGGUCAGAAUUGUUUUUGCAGAUUUUAUUAUCAACAUUUGGAUGCCCUCAUAAUUUUAUAACUUGAUAAUAAGGGAGAUUACGAUAAAAUGUAGAAAAAUUGUUUCGGUAAAUUACCAUGUAAUGCUAUUUUGUAACUGUUAAAUGUUUUAUAUACUAUGUAUAUUUAUUUAUGUAUUAUUUAUUAAAUAAUUCUUAUAAAAAACUUUUUGUUUUUAUUUGCUUAACGAUUUUAAUCGGGUAUUUGACUACUAGUAAACUUCUUUUUUCGAACUGACAAAACGAUAUGCCACUAUGGGAUUUAUAUGAAACACUAGCAAAGGACGUCAUGGUUGA